CACGACGAACUUGAAGAAACAUAUCGAAAGGUCGCAUGUAAUGGUGAACUUUGCGACAAAUUCUUCAAGAUCCGUCGACCCUGUGUUGCCAGAGCCAGGUGAAGCCUCUCUUGCAGUGGAGUUGCCAGAAGAAGGCACCACAGCCAGCAGCACACAGGGGGAAGCAGUUCCCUCCACAUCACAGCAUCAGACAGCCAUCACAGAAUACGUUCCCAAAAAGAUGGGACUGAUUCAAAAGAAGAAGGUGGAUAGCAAAUUAAUGGGUCUGUUCACAAAAGACUAUCAACCUUUCUCUAUUGUAAAUGACUCAGGAUUUCGUAGUUUUGUACAUGCACUGAAUCCUGCUUAUGAAAUACCGAGUAGAAGGACUGUAACAAAUGUAAUGUUGCCAGCAGCAUAUGCAGAAGCAAAUGAGAAAGUACAACAAAAGCUGCAAGGCAUAAAGACAAUCUGUCUAACAACAGAUUGCUGGACAUCAGCUUCUAAUGAAAGUUACAUGGCUGUAACUGGACAUUUCAUAAAUGAGCAAUUCAGAUUACAGUCUGUACUGCUGGAAUGCAGUCAUUUCAGUGGUGCCCAUACCAGCUCAAAUUUGUCCACAGCUUUGAUUAAAAUUACGGACAAAUUUAGUCUUGGUGGCAAAAUUUUAAUGGUAGUCACGGACAAUGCACCAAAUAUAAAAAAUGCUAUUUCCACCAUUCUCAAGUGGAAACAUUUUGGUUGUUAUGCUCACACUCUUAAUUUAGUUGUGCAGGAUGCACUUAAAAAUGUUCAGGAAGUUCACCAGAAAGUCAAGACAAUUGUAGGUUUUUUUAAAAGGAGCAGCAGUGCAACAGAGCGGCUCUUAACAUGCCAACAGAACAGUGGCAAAGUAAACAUCAAGAAAUUGAUCCAGGACUUGCCCACAAGGUGGAAUUCAACCCUGUUCAUGUUGGAACGUAUUGUCGAAUUGUCAGAGGCAGUGAAAAUUACAGUUGCCCUUUGUAACAGGCCCACAGAUCUUCCGUCACUGUCAAAUGAUGAGUGGGAAAUCUGCUCCGAACUCUGUUCAAUUUUGAAACCGUUUGAGCAGGUUUCGAGGCAGCUCAGUGCAGAGGAUUACCCAACUGGCAGCUUGGUUAUAGUCCUGACACGUGGACUUCUGGCAGUAUGUGAUGAAAUAGCCAAAAUGCAGUUACAUGAAGUUUCAAGGAAAGUUGUUUUGGCACUAAAAGAAGGGCUUACAAACCGGUUUUCGAAUCUUGAGCAGAGCAAGUCCAUUGCCCUUGCUACUCUGCUGGAUCCACGUUUCAAACUGCUGGCAUUUCAGAACCAGGCAGCAGCAGACAACACGAAGAAACAAUUAAUUAAUAUUGUUGCCCAGAAACUGGAAAAAUGUAGGCCAGUAGGUAUUCAGCCUUCACAAUCUGUUGAGCCAAACAAUUUGGCAACUGAAUCCUUCUCUGUGUGGGGCAUAUUCGAUAAGUUAGUGAAACAUGCACAGCCACAGGGCACAGUACAGUCAUGUGCUAUUGUAGAGGUUCAAAGGUACAUUGACAGCUCAGUCAUCAGUAGAAAUGAGGAUCCUCUGGCAUGGUGGAGACAAAAUCAAUACAUAUACCCAACCAUUGCAAAAGUAGUGAAAGAGAGGUUUAAUGUUGUAGCAACUUCUGUGCCUUGUGAGAGGGUCUUCUCAAAAACUGGACAUUUAAUAAAUGACAGAAGAACCCGCCUCAAGCCAUCGAAUAUAGAAAAACUAAUAUUUCUGAAUGCCAAUGGUACCUGUGAUUAGUGCUGAAAAUUCUGGACCCGUGUGAGGUUUGCUUCCAUGGAGGUAACUGGGCACUUUCAACACAAGCGAACAAGACCACACAACUGUAUGAUGCCUAUCAAUAUUACAACAUGUAACUGGGCACUUUCAACACAAGUGAACAAGACCACACAACUGUAUGAUGCCUAGCAGAAUGUAAAAUGUAACUGGGUACUUUCAACACAAGCAAACAAGACCACACAACUGUAUGAUGCCUAUCAAUAUUACAACAUGUAACUGGGCACUUUCAACACAAGUGAACAAGACCACACAACUGUAUGAUGCCUAGCAAAAUGUAAAAUGUAACUGGGCACUUUCAACACAAGCAAGCAAGACCACACAACUGUAUGAUGCCUAGCAAAAUGUAAAAUAUGUAACUGGGCACUUUCAACACAAGCAAACAAGACCACACAACUGUAUGAUGAUUAGCAAAAUGUAAAAUAUACACCUUUCACUUACUGCAAGUAUUUCACUUUGGCAUAAAUGUGAGUUACAUCUCUAGCAUCAAAAGAUUGGUAACACAGACCACUGAUAUCACUUCCAAGACUGUGUUUUCUUUGUCAUAUUAGUUUCUGUUUGUUGAAAAACACAGAUUUAGUUUUGUUGAUAUAUGCACGAAAGGUGACAGAGGAACAGGUCAUACUGGGAGCAGUAGGUCUGUGACUUGGAUGCAGCACAGUUACUGAUUUGAUGCCAUUAAGGCACAAAGCUUUGUAAUGAUUAAAAUGGUGAGUGAAUGUAAAUCCUGGAAGUGUUAUUUCUUUAUACUAAAACCUGCUACUUUAAGUUAUGUUUCAGAAAUUUCUUGAGCACCUCGACUUGAAAAAUAACAGGAAUACCAUCUAGAAUAUUACAAGUGAGGACAGUCAGUCAAUGAUAAUCCAUGAGCUUAGGCUGAAGGAAAAAAAUUAUAUAUAUGUAAUAAAAGUUGAUUGUAAUGUGUGAUGUUGUAGACAUACAAUAAUCUGUUUUGUGCUAUCUUUUCCAUAAUGAAUUUGGUGACAACAUGUGGAUCAAAACUGGAAUGAGCAAAGAAUACCAACCAAAUUUAAGACCCAAAAACCAGAAAAAGCCACGACCAGCGGUGGAACACAAGCAAGUUUGAAAAAUUUGUUCCAAAUGCACACUAAUAGUGAUUUUUUUUCUUUUUGUUGUUGUUGAUUGUAGAUGUACAUAUAUGUUCCUGUCUCCUGCUAAAAAUGAACCAUCCCAACUAGCAAAUUUUACUUUGUUAUUUAGAACUUUUUUAAUUGCAUUAAUUAAGAGCCACCUGCACUUUGAGAGGACUAAAACUGUUGAGAUUUUAUUAUUCAUUCAAUAACAAGAUUAAUAUGUGGGGUAUGUGAAAUGUGUGUACAUGUUUGUUUUGCUCAUACUUGUACAAAUGUUUCAUGUAACCUGACGAGGCGAACCCAAGAUUCAAGAAGAAGAAGAGGAGGAGGAGGAGGAGGAAGAGGAAGAAGAGGAGGAGGAGGAAGAAGAAGAGGAUCCUUCAAGACUGCAACAUAAAAUAUUUAAUAUGUAGCACAACAACUGUACACAGUUGAUAACGUCCUUCUGGGGUUUUGAGGAGCUGGUUUUCCUUCAGACCGUGGGCAAAUGCCAGGACGUACAAGUUUCCAGCUCAGAAAAUGCUCAUUUUCAUGAAUUUGUCAGUAAAAUGCUGUAGAUAAAUACCAACAGAAAAAUGCUUCCUGUAACACAGAUCUUUUAGUAAAAAAUGUGUCCUAAUAAGACAAGUUGUAACUUUUUUAAAUAUUUGCAGUCUGUGUAACUUGAAAAACUGAAUUAUGUAGAAGAAACAGCUUGUCUACAUAACAAUGUAACUGUAUUUACACCAACAUUAUAUAAUUUAAUAUUUACUGACAAUGCCAUAUGUAA